AUGCCAGAGACGCUCCUUGGAAUUCGCAGCGAUGACCAGGGCCGCACAGAAACCAUAGCUCCCGGUCAGGAGGACCACCUACCCGCCCUCUGCGCAAAGGUCCACGCCCGAGUCACUGCAUUCCUGGCUGCACAACCAUCUACCGACCGCUUGCGAGGCGUGCAAGAGCAGACGCGGCUCAGCCUCAAAGUUCUUGAAGAAGCACUCGAGCGAUACAGUCUCGCUGAACUGUCCCUUUCGUACAAUGGCGGCAAAGACUGUCUGGUCCUUCUCAUCCUCUAUCUCGCCGCUCUACACGCACACUCGGUCAAGACUUCAACGCCGCUGCCGGAAAGAUUGGAUUCCGUCUACAUCGUGUCGCCCCACCCUUUCCCCGAGGUUGAGGACUUUGUACAACUAUCGAUCGACACAUACCGUCUGAACUUGGCACGUUAUGCCAAAUCCAUGCGACAGGCCUUCGAGGACUAUCUUCACGACAACAGCCACGUCAAAGCCAUAUUCGUAGGCACGCGGCGAACGGAUCCUCAUGGAGCUGCUUUGAAGUAUUUCGAUCCUACAGAUCGAGGAUGGCCAGCAUUCAUGAGAAUACAUCCGGUGAUUGACUGGCAUUAUGCUGAAGUGUGGACUUUUAUACGACAUUUGAAUAUACCCUAUUGCUCGCUUUACGAUAAAGGGUAUACGUCGCUGGGAGGAACCACAGACACAUAUCCCAAUCCCGUACUGAAAGCGGAGAACGAGAACGGUUCAUACAGGCCGGCUUACGAGCUGGUGCAAGAUGAGGAGGAGCGAUUAGGCAGAGACCGAUGA